GUGUUGACCGAGGGCGUGUGCUGAGCCCAGGGUCGCCACAGCAGGCCUUCAGUGCGACGCUCGACUGACAGACGUGUAAAAGGCAUCUGCCGUUGGAUAAAUAUCUCGGGAGUUGAUUCCGCCAAGAUUUUCCCCAGCAUCGACAUGGGUCCUAUGCAUCUUUGGGGCUCGGUGCUUUUCGUCUUUCUGCUCACUAUUGCCCGGGUCGAAGCGCAGGAUGCUGCAUUUUGGAACAACCAGGCUCGGCAGACUCUGCAGAAUGCCCUGAAUCGCGAGCGCAAAGUGAACAAGAACGUCGCCAAGAACGUGGUGUUCUUCGUUGGGGACGGCAUGGGGCUGCCAACCGUGACUGCCUCCCGGAUCCUGAAGGGCCAGAACAUGGGUAAUCCUGGGGAGGAGACGGUACUGAAGUGGGAAGAGUUCCCAAAUGUCGCCCUUUCUAAGACAUACGGUGUGGAUAAGCAAGUGGCAUCGUCAGACGCAACGGCCACCGCGUACUUCUGUGGUGUAAAAGCCAACGACGACAUGCUUGGGUUGGACUCGAGGGCGCGGUUCGGUGAUUGCGAGUCCACCCGCGGGGCAGCUGUGGAUUCUUUUCUGAUCCACGCGCACCGUGCAGGAAAGUCUACGGGUUUUGUGACAACGGCGCGUGUUACUCACGCUACACCUGCGGCCCUGUAUGCCCACGUCCCGAAUCGCCACUGGGAGAACAACGCUGACAUACCUCCCGAGGAGGCGGCCAAGGGCUGCACGGAUAUCGGAGCUCAGCUGGUCGAGAACGGUAAAGUCUUCGAUGUGGUUCUAGCAGGUGGUCGUCGGGAGUUGACAGGCACUAAUGUUACGGAUCCCGAGUACCCAACAAAAAACGGGGGCCGCACGGACGGCCGCAACCUUAUAGAGGAAUGGUUGACCAGCAAGCCAACAGAGGGAACAAAAUACGUCUGGAACCUGGAAGACUUCAACAACGUGGAUCCAGCGAAAACAGAUACCCUUCUCGGUCUGUUCGAGAGUAGUCAUAUGCAAUACGAGAUUGACCGCGCAGAUGACGAGGCUGGGGAGCCUUCUAUUGCUGAGAUGACAGAAAAGGCCAUCAAGAUCCUGCAGAAAGAUCCCAAUGGUUAUGUUCUUGCUGUCGAGGGUGCCCGUAUCGACCACGCCCAUCAUGCUGGGAUGGCAGCACGAGCCUUAACGGACACCCUGGCGUUGGAGCAAGCUGUGAUCAAGGCAAUGGAGCUGACCAACGAAGAGGAUACCUUGGUCAUCGUGACUGCUGAUCACAGCCACACCAUGACCAUUGGUGCCUACCCGACCCGUGGCAACCCGAUUCUAGGAUUAUACAAUGAUGGGAUAGGCUCGGAUGGCAUGCCCUACACAACCCUGAACUACGCCGACGGUCCAGGAGGGCAGUUGGAGAAAGAAAGCUACAAUUCAGAGGGGAGGAGACGAAAUCUCACAGAUGUUGACACAGGUCAUAAGGACUUCAAACAAUCAGCCAUCGUCCCAAGGGAAGACGAGAGUCACGGUGGGGAGGACGUGGCGAUCUACGCCAACGGGCCCAUGUCGCACCUCUUCCACAGUGUCCACGAGCAGAAUUACAUCUCUCACGUGGUGCGCUACGCUGCCUGCCUGGAUAUCAAAGAGCACUGCGAGACAAGCAGUGCUCCUUCUGUUGGUGGAUAUAACGUGCACUUCCUUUUUACCGCUGUUAUCCUCGGCAUGCAUGUUUGGAUAUAGAUUUUAAGUGAACUUUUUUUCAUAUUUCGUCAGUGUUUUCACGAAAUUACAAAAACCAUAAAAAUCGAUACAUUUUCGAUCUGGAGAUUUUCCUACCAUUUUAUUUCUUUUGACAAAGAACAAAUUAGCAGAGUUUCAAAGCAAAAUGUUAUUUACUUUCCUAGUAACAUAAUUCCAAUGUAGCGAGUGGCGGCAUAUAUGGCAGAUGUUUAUUGCUUUUAAGUAUAAAGCAAUAGUCGAUUUCAUCUGUCUUUUCUUCAUUUUGGUAUUCUAUUUAAUAUCGAUGCUUGAGCCACAUACGUAUGUACAAAGUGGCUAUUAACGACUUGGAACGGUUUGACAUCCGUUGUAUUUAUGGUCUUGCAUAGACACGUAGUUUCAUAUGGCUUUAGUUUAGUGACGCACAUUCAUUAUUGCUUGCUGUCAAUGGCAGCAGUAAUAAAUCAAAGUUGAUACUAAUGACGAAUAAGGUGGCAGGUGGUCGUAAAAAUAGCUCCCAAUGUAAAUUGGGAGAUUUAGGGGCAUGGGCUCUGGCCACCAGACCCCGACAUUGAGCAACUUGUAGGAAUAUAAUAAAUUAAAAUAAUGGUUUUCAUAGUUGGUCCUGUUUAAAACAACGUUACUGUUAUAGCUGCUUUCUUAAAAGGGUUAAGCUAAAGUACUUUCACUUGCAUAUUUAUUGCUUGGUAAAAUCUGAUAUUACUAGAUAGCUUCAAGUACAUGUAGUUAAAAUUGCAUGAUGAUUGCCUGGCUUUGUAUAAUAGCCCAGUGACCUAUGAUGUGAAUAAACUGAGUGAUCAAAGCUAGAUGCAAGGA